UUUUGGGGCUGGAACGGGGAUUUUGGGGUGGGAAAGCGCAUUUUGGGGUUGGAUAUCCCUCCCCAAAGCUCCCGGUCCUGCUGCUGCCGUGCCCGAGCUGGGGACAGCGGGGCCACCGCGAUGUCCCCAAGUGUCCCCGGCGCUCGCUGCAAAGGGAAAGCAAAACCCCCAAAUGCAGUUGAAAUGAAUUCCCCCCGAGCUCGGGGGCUGAGAGCGCCGCAGCCCCGGCAUGGCCUUGUCCCCUCUGCCACUGGGCUGGCCUGGGGGGGACAGCGCGGCCCGACCCCCCCGCAGGAGGAGGAGGAGGAGGAGGAGGAAGGAGCCGGAGCAGAGGAAGUCCCCGCCGGGCACUCGCAGCCCCGAGGGGUCCCCGCUGCGCUCCGAGAUGUCCCCGCCCGGGGGUCGCCGCUGUCCCCCCGCGCUGCUGGCGCUGCUGCUGGGGCUGGCCGGGAGCCGAGGAUCCCCGGAAUGCCAAAAUCGAGCUGUGACCGAGGGAGGGUCGCUGUGCCUGGUGCCGGAGGAACCCCCGGGGAAGUGGACGGAGAUCCACUGGAAAUGGGAUAUUAAUUCAGGAGCGUUGCAGAAGAUCCUGACAGCCCGCAGGGGUGGAAAUGUCUCCUAUCCCAGAGGUCUUUUCCAUGGGAGAGCGACAUUCCAGCCGGGAAACCUCUCCCUGUGCAUCUCCCCGGUUGGCGGGGCCGAUAACGGCGUCUACAGGGCCGAGUUCGAGACCUCGGGAGCGAUCUCAGCCCGCUGCUUCCGAGUGUCCGUCUGGGAGCCCGUCCCGCAGCCGGAGCUGAAAUCCCAAAUCCUGGAGCGGGCUCGGGGCUGGUGCCGCCUGGCCCUGCUCUGCUCCAGCCCCGGGAACGUCUCCUACAGCUGGGCCUGUGCCGGGGAGAUCCCGGGGCAGAUCCCGGGGCAGAUCCCAGAGGAGACCCCCGGGGUCCCCUCCCAGCUGCUCCGGAGCCUCCCCGAGGGCACCGAACCCCAAAUCUGCCUCUGCAACGUCAGCAACCCCGCGGGGUGGAGCGCGGCCCGCGCCCGCCUCACCUGCCCAGAAAUUCCUGGGAAUUUCGGCCACUGGACUCUGCUGGCCGUGGGCGUGGCCGUGGGGCUGACCCUGCUCCUGGUGGGCGGCUGGUGGUGGAGGAGGAGGAAGAGGAGGAAGAAUUCCCGGGAAGGGCCCCCCGGAACGCCCCCGGAGCAGGCGGUGACCAUCUACGCCACGGUGGGAGAGAAGAAACCCCGCCAGGACCCCGCCGGGGCUGGCGAGGCCACCCAGGAAGGAGCCACCAUCUACGCUGUGGUCACUCCCAGGACACUGGAGCACCCCAAGCACCAGGAGGAACCCGGGAAUUUCACCAUUUACUCCACGGUCCAGUUUGAGCGGAGGCCUUCCUCCAUCAAGAGGAAGAGGCUGGAGCGAUCUUUGGUCUCCACCGCCUACGUGGAGGAUCACGGGGGCUACCGGAGCUUGGGCUUCCCAAAUCCCGCCGGCCACCAGCGCCCCUGAGAGCCUGGAAUUCCCAUCCCGGUGGAAUUCUCCUCCUGGGAACUGCAGCCCCCGCUGGGAUCCACGGAACAGAAACAUCCAGAAAUUCGGGUUUUUCCACCCAAGAUUCAACGCCCAGCUGCGCCUCGGAGCGGGGAUGGAAAUCUCCAGAAGGGAUGGAUUUGGGAUUGGGCAGGCGGGGUGGGAAUUCUGUGGGGUUUGUCGGGGUUGGGAAUUUGGGAAUUCCUUUUUUUUCCCUUUUUUCGGUGAGGAAGUUUGGGUUCACCAAUGGGAGUUUCCAGUUUUGGGGUGGGGUUGGUGCUGGCCACGCCCCUGGGGGUGUUUGCUCCUUUCCUGCCCAGAGCUCUGGAUCAGGAGGAGGAGGAGGAGG